CACACUCUCUAGUGCUUGUUGAAAUGUGUGAGUUAGAAAGAACCCUAUAGUCUUGAAGCUACCAACUCUCCCUCAAUCUCAUCUUCUGCAAAAACUCAUUUUCUUCGAUCUCCUCACUGCAACACAAGUCUUCUUCUAUUCACACAGGUUUGGAAAGUGUUUGACGAAAGUCCCAGAAUGUUCUAUCUCCGGAUCCCACGACAACCUUUAUAUAUGGAUACAUAUUUAUGAAAAAAAAGGUGCUAAUCAUAGUAAGAAGCAAAAAAUCUAGACGAAAACGUCAAUUAUCAAGAGACUAUGGAGACAGUUGUCUCUACAACUACUGAAAAUGCACUCAAUAUUGUACAAAGUGUGGUCAAACGACAAGUGGGUUACUUUUUUAAUUACAAAGACAAAUUUAAAGAGUUGGAAUCUUACAUUGACAAAUUGGAACAUAAUAGGGAGAGACUCCAACAUCAAGUUGAUAUUGCACUAAGGAGUGGAGAAAAAAUUGAAAAUGAUGUUCAACAUUGCUUAAUUCUCAUGGAUGAGAAGAUAAAAAACUAUAAAAGUUAUAUUAAUGAUGAAUUUCAUGCAAAGACCAUUUGCUCAAUUGGUUUCUUUCCAAAGAAUUUCCAGCUAAGGUAUCAAUUAGGUAGGAAAGCUACAAAGAUGGUAGAGGAAAUCGUAGGAGAUGAGCUUUGGAAAACUUCUUUUGACAAUGUUUCGUACCAGGAAUGUCCAUCCAUUGAUGCUUCUCUUUCAAACACUGGUGAUGAAAGCUUUGCAUCAAGAACUAAAACUAUGGAGAUGAUCAUGAAAGCACUGCAAGACUCUACAGUUGGUAUGAUUGGAGUUUAUGGGCCUGGUGGUGUGGGAAAGACCACUUUAGUCAAAGAAAUUGCUAACAAAGCUCUAGAAAUGAAGUUGUUCAAGAUAGUCAUUAUAGCAAAUAUUACAGGAAAUCCUGACUUCAAAAAAAUUCAAGAGCAAAUUGCUGGCAUGCUAGGAAUGAAAUUGGAAGAAGAAAGUGAGAUUGCAAGAGUAGAUCGUAUUCGAAAUAGGUUAAAGAAUGAAAAGGAGAAUACUAUUAUCCUUGAUGAUCUUUGGGGUGGAUUGGACUUUAACAAAAUUGGGAUUCCUUGUAAUGAUGAUGCAAGCCAACAAGAAGUCAAUGACAUGUCUGAUUUUGCUUCCAACAAUGACAUAUCUGAUUUUGGUUAUAAUAGACUAGAAAUAAAAGAGUUGCCAAAAGUUGAUUUGGAUAAGAUGAAAAAGGAAAUGUUGUCUAGCCAUUAUAAAGGAGGCAAAAUCCUUCUAACAUCUAGAAAUAAACAAGUCCUAUGUAAUGAAAUGGAUGUGCAACAAAGCUCAAUUUUUUCGGUAGGAGUCCUUGAUGAAAAGGAAGCAGAGACUCUGCUCAAGAAAGUUGCUGGUGUGAAAAAUUCUGAGUUUGAUAGGAAUGCUACUGAAAUUGCCAAAUGGAGUGCUGGGUUUCCAAUAGCCUUAGUUUCCAUAGGAAGGACACUAAAGAAUAAAAGCUUAUCUACAUGGGAAGAUGUCUGCCAACAAAUUAAAAGACAAAAUUUUACAUCAGAAUGGGGAUUUACUGACUUCUCUAUAAAGUUGAGCUAUGAUCAUCUAAAAAAUGAGGAGCUUAAGUGUAUUUUUUUACAUUGUGCAAGAAUGGGAAACGAUGCUUUGAUUAUGGACUUGGUGAAAUUCUGCGUUGGUCUAAAUUUGCUUCCAGGAGUCCACACAAUUACGGGUGCGAGGAAAAGAGUAAAGGAGAUGAUACAAGAGCUAGAAGAAUCGAGUUUGUUGGUGAAAAGUUAUUCUAUAGACCGCUUCAACAUGCAUGACAUUGUGCGAGAUGUUGCUCUUUCAAUAUCAUCCAAGGAAAAAGAUGUGCUUUACAUGAAAAAUGCAAUACUUGAUGAGUGGCCUCAUGAAAAUGACUUCGAAAGGUACUCUGCCAUUUUUGUACACUACUGUGACAUCAAUGACAAGCUUCCUGAGAGUAUACAAUGUCCUAGACUUGAAGUCUUACAAAUUUACAAUAAAAGUGAAUCUUUUGAAAUACCAGAUGAUUUUUUUAAAUCUAUGAUUCGACUUAGAGUGUUGGUACUGACUGGUAUUAAUUUAUCUUGCUUACCUUCAUCAAUUAAAUGCCUUAAAAAAUUGAGAAUGCUUUGCUUGGAGGGAUGCACUUUGGAAGAGAACUUAUCAAUCAUUGGUGAGCUGAAGAAUUUAAGAAUUCUUACUUUUUCAGGAUCUAAUAUUGAAAGUUUGCCUCUUGAAUUUGGGCAACUGGAUAAGCUUCAAUUUUUUGACAUAAGCAAUUGCUCAAAACUAAGACAAAUAACUUCCAAUAUCAUACCAAGGAUGACCAUUUUAGAGGAGUUUUAUAUCAGAGACAACUUGAUUCUAUGGGAGGCUGAAGACAAUAUGAAAAAUGAAAAUGCUAGUCUCUCUGAGUUGAGGUACUUGAAUAAGUUGCAAAAUCUGGACAUACACAUUCAUAGUUCUUCCCAUUUUUCCCAAAACUUGUUUUUUGACAGGUUGAAUAGUUACAAGAUUGUCAUUGGUGAAUUCAACUGGUUUAACAUGCUUAAAGUGGAAGAAUUCAAAAUCCCUGACAAGUAUGAAGAAGUGAAAUUUUUGGCAUUAAACCUAAAAAGAGGUAUUGAUAUUCAUUUUGAAAAAUGGGCUAAAAUGUCGUUCAAAAGCGUUGAAUAUUUGCUGCUGGGAGAACUCAAUGAUGUUCAAGAUAUUUUCUAUGAAUUAAAUGUGGAAGGAUUUCCAAAUUUGAAACAUUUAUCCAUUGUAAACAAUUUUGACAUUAAUUAUAUUAUCAAUCCAAGGGAGCGGUUUCACUCAUUAUCUGCUUUUCCCAAAUUAGAGUCCAUAUGGCUUUACAAAUUGGAUAAGUUGGAAAUCAUAUGUUACAAUCAGCUUGUAGAGACCUCUUUCUGCAAUUUAAAGGUCAUCAAGAUUAAAACAUGCAUGAAAUUGGUAAACCUUUUCGUAUUUUCCAUGGUUAGACUCCUCACUGCACUUGAAACAAUUGAAGUGUGUGAUUGUGAUUCUUUGAAGGAGAUAGUUUCGAAAGAAAGGAAAACUCAUACUAUCAGUGAUGGUAAUAUUGAGUUUCCCCAAUUACGACUUUUAACAUUGAAGUAUUUACCAACAUUUAUUUGUUUAUAUAAUGUUGAUAAGAUUCCUGGUAGUGCACACUCGUUGCAAGACCAAGUAUUCCAACAAAGGAACAAAGAUAUUGUUGUUGAUGUUGAGGACAUGGUCACCAAUUAUUGUCUUCCACUCUUCAAUGAAAAGGUUUCAACUCCCAAAUUAGAAUGGUUGGAGUUAUCCUCCAUCAACAUCCAUAAGAUAUGGAGUGACCAAUGUAACCAUUGUUUUCAAAAUUUGCUUACGUUGAAUGUGACAGAUUGUGGUAAUUUAAAGUAUUUACUGUCAUUCUCCAUGGUUGGAAGUUUGGUUAAUCUUCAAAGUCUUUUUGUAAGUGAAUGUGAAACGAUGGAGGAUAUAUUUCGUCCAGAAGAUGAAGAGCAUAUUGACAUUUUUCCUAAGUUGAAGAAAAUGGAGAUCAUCAACAUGGAUAAGCUCAAUACCAUUUGGAAAUCCCAUUUUGGUUUACAUUCCUUUUGUAGUUUAGACUCCUUGAUAAUAAAAGAGUGUCACAAACUUAUUAUGAUAAUUCCUGGUUAUAUGAUGCAAAGAUUUCGGAGCCUUCAAAGCUUGACAAUUAUAAAUUGCAAGUUGGUGGAAAAUAUAUUUGAUUUUACAAAUAUUCCACAAACUUCUGACAUAACUGAAACAAACUUUGAUAAUAUACUUCUAGAAAAGCUCCCAAAUUUGGUGAAUGUUUGGAAGGAUGACAUCGGUGAAAUACCUAAAUAUAAAAAUUUGCAACGCAUAAAAAUUGUUGAUAGUCCAAAUUUAAAAUGCCUCUUUCCACUGUCUAUUGCCAAUGACCUGGAAAAACUAGAAAUCCUUGAGGUAUGGAAUUGUUGGGUAAUGAAAGAGAUUGUUGCUUGCAACAAACAUUCAAGUGGAAGUGAUAUCAACUUUAGGUUCCCUCAUUUAAACACUCUAUCAUUGAUAAACUUGUAUGAUUUGAGAAGUUUCUUCUCAGAAACUCACACUUUAGAGUGGCCAUCAUUGAAGAAAUUGGAUAUAGCCAAUUGUAGCAUGCUCGAAGGGUUUACUUCAGAAAUCACAAAUAUACAAGAGCAAACGAUUGCUUUAGCUAUAAAAAAGGUAAUAUACAACAUGGAAUAUAUGUCAAUGAGCUUGAAGGAAGCAGAGUGGUUGCAAAUAUACAUUGUUAAUGUCCACAGAAUGCACAAACUAGAAGAACUUACUUUGUAUGGGUUAAAGGAUAAUGAAAUUCUAUUUUGGUUUCUUCAUAGACUUCCCAAUUUGAAAAGGUUAACAUUGGGACUUUGUCACUUGAAAAGGAUUUGGGCUCUUCAAAGUCUUAUUUCACAUGGAAAAAUUGGUGGUGUUGUGCAACUUAAAGAGUUGAAACUAGAAAGCAUGUGGUCUCUAGAGGAGAUUGGCUUUGAGCAUGAGGUGCUUCUUCAAAGGGUGGAACGCUUAAGCAUUCAACGUUGUACAAAACUGAAAACUUUAGUGUCAUCUUCGGUAACUUUUAGUUACUUAACAUAUCUAGAAGUGAUGAAUUGUAAACUGAUGAGGAAUUUAAUGACAUGCUCAGUUGCGAAAACCUUGGUUCAACUCACAACGAUGAAGGUAUGCUCCUGUCCAAUGAUUAUGGAAAUCGUUGCAGAAAAUAAAGUGGAAAAAGUACAAGAGAUUGAAUUUAAACAAUUAAAAUCAUUAGAACUGGUGUCUCUACAAAAUCUCACAAGUUUCUCAACUAUCACGAAAUGUGAGUUAAAGUUCCCACUAUUGGAAAAAUUAGUAGUGAGUGAAUGUCCUCUGAUGACAAAAUUCGCCGAAGUUCAAAGUGCUCCAAACCUACAAAAGGUACUUGUUGAAGCUGGAGAAAAAGACAAAUGGUAUUGGGAAGGAGAUUUGAAUGCCACUCUACAAACACAUUUCUCAGACCAGGUUUCUUUUGAAUAUUCAAAGCAUGCAAGACUUGUUGAUUAUCCUGAGAGGAAAGAUGUUGGACUUGGAAAAUCUGCUUUUCCAGACAAUUUUUUUGGUUGCUUAAAGAAAUUGGAAUUUGGUGAAGCAUGUAGAAGAAAUAUUUUGAUUCCCUCUUAUCUACUACCUUACUUGAGGAAUUUAGAAGAAUUGAAUGUAGAGAACUGUAAAGCAACACAAGUAAUAUUUGACAUGGAUGAGAGUGAGCUCAAGAUGAUGGGAAUGAUCUUUCGUUUGAAAAAGCUUAAUUUAAAGAACUUGUCAAAUUUGAAAUGUGUAUGGAAGGAAAACUCUGGAGGAAUUGUGAGUUUUCCCAAUUUGCAUAGAGUUGAUGUUAAUGGUUGUGGAACCUUGGUAACAUUGUUCUCUUCAUCCCUUGCUAAAAAUAUUAAGAAGCUCGAGACACUUACAAUAACCAAGUGUGAGAAAUUGGUAGAAAUAGUUGGGAAGGAAGAUGGAACGGAAGAUGGAACGAGAAUAAUCUUUGAAUUCCCUUGUUUUUUAGUGCUAUGUGUUGAUAAUGUGCCACUAUUGAGUUGUUUUUACCCUGGAAAGCAUCAUCUAAAAUGUCCCUUAUUACAAGGCCUAUUUGUGGGCAAUUGUCCUAAACUAAAGCUAUUCACAUCAGAAUUUGAUGAUAAUCAGAGAGCAACAUUUGCCAAAACUAUCCUGCUACAACCUUUGUUUUCGGUUGAAAUAUUGGCUUCUCCCAAACUAGUGAAAUUGUUACUCAAUGAGGAAAAUAUUAUGUUGCUGAGAGAUGCAGAUUUGCCAAAAGACCUUUUUUGCAAGCUAAAUCUUCUUUGGUUGCACUUUGAGGAUGACAAUGAGAAAGAUAUAAGUUUGCCUUUUGAUUUGUUUCACAAGCUACCCAGUUUAGAAUGUCUCGUAGUACAAAAUUGCUUUGGUCUGAGGGAGAUAUUUCCCUCUCAAAAACUUCAAGUUCACGACAAAGUACUUGCAACAUUGAAACAAUUAUUCUUGUUGAACCUAAAAGAAUUAGAGUCAAUAGGUUUAGAGCACACAUGGGUACAACCAUACUCUCAAAAGCUUGAAUCAUUAAGGCUUCACUUCUGCCCUCGGUUACAAAACUUAGUUUCUUGUGCACCGUCUCUCAUCAAUCUUAAAGAGUUGGAAGUUAUGUAUUGUGACCAGAUGGAGUAUUUAUUCACAUUUACAACGGCCAAAAGUUUAGUGAAACUUGAGACCCUCAUUGUAACGAACUGUGAAUAUCAAGAAAUUGCAAAACAUGAAGAUGAAGAUGAUUGUGAUGAAAUUGUAUGUGCACAACUCAGAUCGAUUGAGCUGAAUUCCUUACCAAGACUACUGAGGUUUUAUUCGGGGAAUGCCACUUUGCAAUUCUCGUGUUUGCAAACUGUGACGGUAGUUAAAUGCCCCAAUAUGGUAAAUUUCUCUCUUGGAAUAAUAAAUGUGCCAGUGUUUUCCGGGGUUAAUGUAUCAUCCGAGGAUUCUGAUUUAACCUUUGACCACGAUCUCAACACAACAAUCGAGACAUUGUUUCACGAACAGGAAUUUUUGAACCAUUCAAAGCAUAUGACUCUUGAUGAUUAUCUUGAGAAAACGGGAGUUCAGCAUAGAAAACCUGCUAUCUCGGACAGCUUCUUUGGUAGUUUCAAGGAAUUGGAAUUUGAUGCAGCAUGCAAAAGAGCUAUCGUAAUUCCAUUUCAUGUACUCCCUUACUUGAAGAACUUGGAAAAGUUGAAUGUCCAUAGUUCUGAUGCAGCAAGGGUAAUAUUUGACAUUGAUGAGAGUGAGAUCAAGACAAAGGGAAUGGUCUCUAAUUUAAAAAAACUUACUUUAAACAACUUGCCAAAUUUGAAAUGUGUAUGGAAGAAAAAUCUGGGAAGAAUUGUUAGCUUUCCCAAUUUGGAAGAAGUGGUUGUCAAUGGUUGUGGAAGCUUGGUAACACUGUUGUCUUCAUCCCUUGCCAAAAGUCUUGAAAAGCUUAAGACACUUCAUAUGGCGGAGUGUGAAAAUUUGGUAGAAAUAGUUGGAGAGGAAGAUGAAAGGGGACAGGGAAUGACAUUAACGUUUGAGUUUCCUUGUUUGACCUUGUUAUAUCUUUGGAAUAUGCGACUGUUGAGUUCCUUUUAUCCUGGGAAACAUUAUCUGGAAUGCCCUGUAUUAGAUACAUUAUGGGUGGCCUAUUGUCCUAAGUUAAAGCUAUUCACAUCAGAUUUUGAUGACAGUGAUAAAGAUGAAGUUAUAAAGGCUCCAAUUACCCCGUUACAACAACCUUUGUUCUUGCUGGAAAAGGUUUCUCCCAAACUGAAACAAUUAUCACUGAAUGAGAAAAGCUUUAUGCUGUUGAGAGAUGGAUGUUUGCCACAUGACCUCCUUUGCAAGCUAAGGAAUCUUUUGUUUUGCUUUGAGGACUAUAAAAAUGAGAAUGAUACUCUGCCUUUUGAUUUCUUUCACAAGCUACCCUGUUUAGAACAUCUUCAUUUGCAAAACUAUUUUGGUCUAAAGGAGAUAUUUCCCUCUCAAAAGCUUCAAGUUCAAAGUGAGUUAGAGUCAAUAGGUUUAGAGCACACGUGGGUACAACCAAUCUCCAGAAAGCUUCAACUGCUAAAUCUCCACGGUUGCUAUCGACUAGUAAACAUAGUUUCUUGUGCAAUGUCAUUCAUCAAUCUUAAAGAGUUGCAUGUGACACUUUGUAAUGGGAUGAACUAUUUAUUCACAUCUGGUACACUCAAAAGUUUGGUGAAACUUGAAACCUUAAUCGUAGAGAAUUGUAAAUCAAUCAAAAGAAUUGCAAAAAAGGAAGAUGAAAAUGAUUGUGGUGAGAUUAUACUUGGACGGCUCAGAUCAAUUGAGUUAAAUUAUUUACCAAAGCUAGAAAGCUUUUAUUCAGGAAAUGCCACUUUAAAAUGCCUGUGUUAGCAAACUGUGAUAGUAGCUAAUUGUCCCAAUUUGAUAACUUUCUCGGAAGGAGUAAUAAAUGUGCCAGUACUUUCGGGGAUUAAAACAUCAAAAGAUUCUGAUUUAAUAUUCCACGUCAAUCUCAACACAACAAUCGAGAUGUUGCUUCACCAUCAGGAAUUUGUGGAAUAUUCAGAGCGUACGAUUCUUGAAGAUUAUCUUGGGAUGUCUAGAGUUCACCACAGAAAACCUAUUGUUUCAGACAAUUUUUUUGGCAGAUUCAAGAAAUUGGAGUUUGAUGCAGCAUGCAAUAGACCUAUUUUAAUUCCAUCUCAUGUAUUGCCUUACUUGAAGAACCUGGAAGAAUUGAAUGUUCAUAGUUCUGAUGCACUACAGGUAAUAUUUAACAUUGAUGAGAGUGAAGUCAAGAUGAAUGGAACAGUCUUUGGUUUGAAAAAACUUACUUUAGAAAACUUGUCAAAUUUGAAAUAUGUAUGGAAGGAAAAUUCCACAGGAAUUAUCAGCUUUCACAACUUGCAAGAAGUGGUUGUUAAUGGUUGUGGAAAUUUGAUAACAUUGUUCUCUUCAUCCCUUGCAAGAAAUCUCAAGAAGCUUCAUAAACUUCGAAUAACCGAGUGUGGAAAAUUGGUAGCAAUAGUUAGAAAGGAAGAUGGAAUAGAACAUGGGAAGAAAAUAAUGUUUGAAUUCCCUUUUUUGUACUAUCUCCAUCUUGAAAACAUGCCACUCUUGAGUUGCUUCUAUCCUGAAAAGCAUCAUUUGGAUUGUCCUUUGUUACAAACCUUAAUUCUGUGCUAUUGUCCUAAAUUGAAGCCAUUCGCAUCAGACUUUGAUGACAAGAAAGAAGUUAUAGAGGCUCAAAUUAGCCCGCUGCAACAAUUUUUAUUCUCAGUUGAAAAGGUUUCUCCCUCAAUAAGGUUUUUGGCACUCAAUGAAGAACACAUUAUGUUAUAUAGAGAACUACAUUUGCUACAAGACAUUCUUUCCAAUAUAGUUUUUCUUUGGUUGUGCUUUGAGGAUGAUAAGAAUAAGAAGAAUAGUUUGCCUUUUGACUUCUUUCACAAGGUACCCAAGUUAUUUAGUCUUAUAGUACAGAAAUGCUUUGGUCUGAAGGAGAUAUUCCCCUCUCAAAAACCUCAAGUUCACGAGAGAGGACUUGUGGGCUUGAAAGACUUAUUGUUGAUUGAUCUAAAAAAGUUGGAGUGUGUGGGUUUAGAACACCCUUGGGUACAAUCAUACUCCGAAAAGCUUGAACGGUUAAAGCUUGAGAAGUGCCCUCUCUUACAAAAAAUAGUUUCUUGUGCAGCGCCUUUCAUCAAUCUUAGAGAUCUGGAUGUGAAACUUUGUGUGUAAGGUUUAGGCAAAGUGAUGGAAGAAGAAAGCAUGAAAGAAAAACUGUUAGAAUGAAUGUUGUUUCAUAGGAGAAGGAUACAAAGGUUUAUAUAUAGUAACACAUGGAUAACAGAAAUAUGCAGACGUAACAGAGUGCAUAACAGACUGCAUAACAGAAGCCCAUGCAUACAUAUAUAUCCCUAACACGCCCUCCUUAAACUUAGGGUGGAGGUUGUAAAGCAGACACACGAAGUUUAUCACGAAAAGCUAGAAACGAGGAACCGGAUAGAGCUUUGGUGAAAACAUCGGCGAUCUGAUAACGAGCAGGUAUAUGACGAAUACAUAGUUGUUGUUUGUGGACGAGAUCGCGAACAUAGUGGACAUCGAGAGCGAAGUGUUUGGUUUUAGAAUGCAUAACAGGGUUGGCGGUGAGCAGAACGGCACCAAGGUUGUUAGAAUAAAUUGUGGGAGUGGUUGGUUGAAGAUUGAGUUCACAAAGAAGGUUACAAAGUCAGGAAACAUCAGUAGCGACAGCGGCGAUACUUCGUGACUCAGCUUUUGUGCUGCUGCGAGAGACAACGUGUUGUUUCUUCGAUGACCAAGUGAUAAGAUUAGAACCUAAGUAUAUACAGAACCUAGUGGUUGAUUUGCGGUCAUCAGUGUCUGACCCCCAAUCGGCAUCAGCAAAGGCGUGGACAGAGAAGCUUUUGCAGGAUGUGAAACGAAGACCAUGGGAGUGAGUACCGGCAACGUACCGAAGGAUCCGCUUGACAGCCUUCCAAUGAUGAAGUUGAGGGUUGUGCAUAUACUGUGAGACUUUAUUAACAGCAAACGUGAUAUCAGGGCGAGUGAACGUCAAGUACUGGAGAGCACCAACAACUUGCCGAAAGAGAGUUGGAUCUUGAAAAACUGUGGAUCCAUCUGCGGUGAGUUUAGGCGAUGAGACCAUAGGUGAAGGUUGGGAAUUUGCGUUGACCAUGUUGGCUUUUGGAGAAGUUGGUGGAUAUAUUUGGUUUGACUGAGAAGUAAUGAGCCAUCAGGUGUCCAAUGAGCCUCAAUACCAAGAAAGUAGUGAAGGCGUCCCAGAUCUUUGAGCGAGAAUGAAUUGUUUAAAGUAGUGAUGAGAUUCUUAAUAGCUUGUGAUGAGGAACCUGUAAUGAGAAUGUCAUCAACGUAAAUUAAUAUAUGUAGAACAAAUUUGGAAUUAGUAAGAGUGAAGAGAGAGGGGUCAGAUAUAGUGGGUUUAAAACCCAGUUGCACCAGAGUGUUGCUUAAUUUUUGAUACCAGGGUUGAGGAGCCUGUUUCAACCCAUAGAUGGCUUUGUGUAGGCGACAAACUUGAUGUGAGUUGGAGGAAAAACCAAAGGAUUGAUCCAUAUAUACAAUUUCAUUAAGUUCACCAUUGAGGAA